AUGCUUUCCAAUGAACAGAAAAUCUGUGUCAAUCUCGUUGUGGAAAAUAUGCCAGAACCAAUAAAACAAUCUCCAGUGAUUAUGGAUGUCGUUGAUUUGAGUAUGAGGCACAUAAUGGGCGGUGAUCCUUUAGAAUCAUUACAAGUUCAAUCUGUGCGUCAAAUUCUUGCCAACACUGCGGUUCUCAACGAUGAAAAAUGGAGAAAUUAUAUUAAAUCCCACAACCUGGAUUCUUUCGCUAACUGUUUCCUCAACAAGUCUCCAGAAAUAAUGAUGUCUCUUUUCGAUCACUGCCAAUGGGCCCCGACGGCGGCCCGCAAAAAUGUAAAAAUCACUUUCAAAUCUCAUCAUUUACUCGUGCAAGUCAAUGAAAACACAUUUUUCAAUGUUAAAUUCACCGAUAGUGAAUAUGUAACUCCUGACUGGCUCCCAUAUAUAUUGCGUCGCUUCUUGCUCGAUGGUGUUCACUCAAUCGACAUAAAGUUUGAAGGAGCACCAGAAAAGCUGGGCCGACUUCAAAAAUAUCAUGACGAAUGCUUUGCGGUAAUUAAAAAUUGUACAUACUCUGCAAGAGAUAAUUACGUUAACACGAAUAAUCGCGUUACCUGGAAGUACAAUUCAUUCCGUGGUUCUCUCUCAUUUGCUGGUCAUUCAAAACGGGAUCAAAGUGCUCAGGUGUUUGCAAACUUUGAGAUUGUGCUGGAAAACAACACUGAACGGGAUGUUAACGAGGUUCUCACAGCUGACUUUUGCCGAUUUUUUGUUGAUUAA